AUGGCGAGCAGCAGCACCGGCGCCCAGGCCGAUUUCAUUGUUGGUGAAAAGUAUAAACUAGUAAAGAAGAUCGGGGCUGGCUCCUUCGGUGACGUUUAUCUGGCCAUCAACAUCACCAGCGGCGAGGAGGUGGCAGUGAAAUUAGAGCCUAAGAAGGCCAGGUACCCUCAGUUGCUGUACGAGAGUAAAUUGUAUAAGAUCCUUCAGGGCGGGGUGGGCAUCCCCCGCAUGCGGUGGUACGGGCAAGAAAAAGAGUACAAUGUGCUGGUCCUGGACCUUCUGGGGCCCAGUUUGGAAGACCUGUUUAAUUUCUGCAACAGAAGGUUUACCAUGAAAACGGUGCUUAUGUUAGCUGACCAGAUGAUCAGUAGAAUUGAAUAUAUACAUAAAAAGAACUUUAUACACCGAGACAUUAAACCCCAUAACUUCCUCAUGGGCAUCGGGCGUCGCUGUAGUAAAUGUUCACAAACUCCAACAGGGAAGAGAAAGAGGAGCACGGCUGCGAGUACUUCUCAUAACACAGCUUUAUCAGCAUUGAAACAACUAUUCCUUAUUGAUUUUGGUUUGGCGAAAAGGUACAGAGACAACAAGACAAAGCAACACAUACCAUACCGAGAAGAUAAAAGCCUCACUGGCACCGCCCGGUAUGCUAGCAUCAAUGCGCAUCUGGGCAUUGAACAGAGUCGCCGAGAUGAUAUGGAAUCCUUAGGCUAUGUCCUGAUGUAUUUUAAUAGAAGCAGCCUGCCAUGGCAAGGUCUAACAGCUGCCACAAAGAAACAAAAAUAUGAGAAAAUUUGUGAAAAGAAGAUGUCCAUUCCUGUGGAAGUUUUGUGUAAGGGGUUUCCUGCAGAAUUUGUCAUGUACUUAAACUACUGUCGUGGGCUGCGUUUUGAAGAAGCACCGGAUUACGUAUACCUGAGGCAGCUAUUCCGCAUUCUUUUCAAAAUGCUAAAUUACCAACAGGACUACACGUUUGAUUGGACCACUUUACAGCAGAGAGCAGCACAGCCAGAGGCAUCUACAAGUGGGCAGGGUCACCAGACCCAACCCCCAGCAGCCUCUAAGCGUGAAUAA